CGCACGACGCUUCUUCGCACCACCUCAUCUGAUCAACGUGCGGGUCAGACAGCAUUACUAGACGACGUGAACCAGCGCCUGGCGCCGCCAACACAUUCCCGACGUCGACUCCCAAUAGCCGGGAUCAUCCAGUCUUUCACCUCGAAGACGACAUACCUGCCCUGUACAAACGCCCGCUUCCAUCUCGCGAUCACAAGUCAUCAUGGCAGCACGAAAACUGCAGCAAGAAGUGGAGAAGUGCUUCAAGAAGGUGGCAGAAGGCGUGGCCGAAUUCGAGGCCAUCUACGAGAAGAUUGAACAGUCCAAUAACCUCUCCCAAAAAGAGAAGUUGGAAGACAACCUGAAGCGCGAGAUCAAGAAGCUGCAGCGGAUGCGAGAUCAGAUCAAGACAUGGGCCGCAAGCAACGACAUCAAGGACAAGGGUCCUUUACUCGAGCAUCGCAAGCUGAUUGAGACGCAAAUGGAACGCUUCAAAGCUGUUGAAAAGGCCAUGAAGACGAAAGCCUACUCCAAAGAAGGGUUGGCUUCGUCUCAGAAGCUCGAUCCAGCAGAACAAGCCAGAGCCGAAGCUGGCGAGUUUCUUGGGAACCAGGUGGACGAGUUGGAACUGCAAAUCGAGACGCUCGAGGCCGAGUCCGAAUCCAUACAAGCCACGAUGAAGAAGGGGAAGAGUCAGGGUGCCAAGGCAGAUCGUAUCGCCGAGAUUGACCGCAUCAUAGAGCGACAUAAGUGGCAUCAAGGCAAGCUCGAGCUGAUCCGGCGCUCACUCGAGAACGGGGGCAUCGAUACCGAACAGGUGACCGACUUGGAGGAAACGAUCCGCUACUACGUCACCGACAGCUUGACUGACGACUUUAUCGAAGAUGAAGAAAUGUACGACGAACUCAACCUGGACGAGGAAGAAGGCGUGUUCGGCGUGCCGCAGGAGGACAAGGGUUCGUCACAAGACAACGCAUCACUGGCAGAAGAGGCGACGCCAGAACCCGAGGUUGUCAAGCCUGUGACUGUAGCCAAGGCGAAACAGGUAGCAGAAGUUGCAGCGGCAUCAGCGCGACGACCAAGUGCGCAGGUGAAAUCACCACUGCCUGCUUUAGCCACUUUACAUACACCUCUGGCAACGAUUAGUAAUGGUACGUCUUCAGGGCCAGUCAUGAAGCCAGCUUCCGUCCCGGCAAGGCCAGCCGAGGGACUCAAGUACGCAUCUGCGGCUGCUGCGGCUGCUGCGAACGAUAAGAUCGGCAUCGCACCAUUGCCGCCUCCACCAGGCAUGUCGCCGUCACCUGUUGUGCUGUCGACGGUGCAAGCCAAGACGGGCGCAGCGAGCGCGACGAGCUCACCAGCGACAACGGCAGCGCAGCCAGCUGCUGUGGAGAAGACGGAACCCAAGGCGCCGGCACCCGCCUCUUCGAGCAGUGCGACCGAGGCCCUUACAGCCACCACACGGGCGACGCCUGCUCCCGCAAAGGCGGAGAAGAGCAAGGCUGCGAGCAAAGCAGCAACGGCAGUGGAACCCGUGGAGCCUGUUCGAAGCAAGCGACAGCAGCGCAAGCUUGCCGAACAAGCGGAGGCCGAAGCUCGGACGACGGCGCGUGCCAACGGAACGGCGCACAGCAAGACGACCCAGGAGGAACACGAAGAGGAGUCCAUUUAUCACCUGCCUGCCUCGCUCCAGGAUCUCGUCGAGUCCUUCGAAGUGACGCGCAAGAAGCCUGCGAGCCUGUCGUCGCCGGCGACGUUGCGCAUGCUGCAGACCAGCCAGGCUACAUGCCCUGACCCGCUGGACUCGGAGGUCCCUAGAACAUAUCGACCGGACGUGCGGGUCCCUGCCACCGGAACAGGGUUUCCUCAGGAGCCCCUCGCCCUGCUGGACGACCCCCGGCUAUACCAACGCAUCGAGCCAGACACGCUUUUCUAUGUGUUUUACUACAAGCAGGGAACACCGCAGCAGUACCUCGCAGCCAAAGCGCUGAAGGACCAGAGCUGGAGGUUCCACAAGCAAUACCAGACUUGGUUUCAACGACACGAGGAGCCGAAGAGUAUCACAGAAGAGUUUGAGCAGGGCACUUACCGUUUCUUUGACUACGAAUCCACAUGGAUGAACCGACGGAAGGCCGACUUCAAGUUUGCCUACAAGUUCCUCGAGGACGAUGUAUGAGUAUCAGCACAUGGAAAAUGUUUUACGGACGCAGGUUGGUACCGCGGGCCAAGGAUCUCUCUGGGUCGAGAGCCUUGGGAAUCGGCGUUGCGUUGCCUUUCUUGCUUUCGGACACGUGGUCGGCGACGAGGGAUCGUCUCGAGGACCAUUACUGGUACGGCAGGCUGGCUGACAGGACUGUGUGCACAAUUAUGCUUGCCGUCUGGCCGAUUUGGCCUGCGUGACAGCGAUCGCUACAGCGAGGUAGUUGUAGGCUACUAGAGCUUGGUUUAUUAUUGUAUUACG